CGCUGGGCUCUGGGAGGACCCUGCUAGAGGCGUGUGAGCGAGGUCUGGGCCACGCAGGCCCGCGGGAGCCCCGGCACCAUGAACGACGUCGCCAUCGUGAAGGAGGGCUGGCUGCACAAACGAGUAUGAAAAAUGGCAGUCGCUGGAACGUCACAGAGGACAUCUGCUCUGAUUCUUGAGCGUGAGUACAUCAAAACCUGGCGGCCCCGGUACUUCCUCUUGAAGAACGACGGCACCUUCAUUGGCUACAAGGAGCGGCCGCAGGACGUGGAGCGGCGAGAGUCGCCCCUGAACAACUUCUCCGUGGCGCAAUGCCAGCUGAUGAAGACGGAGCGGCCGCGGCCCAACACCUUCAUCAUCCGCUGCCUGCAGUGGACCACGGUCAUCGAGCGCACGUUCCACGUAGAGACCCCUGAAGAGCGGGAGGAGUGGACAACUGCCAUCCAGACGGUGGCCGACGGGCUCAAGAGGCAGGAGGAGGAGAUGAUGGACUUCCGGUCGGGCUCGCCCGGGGAGAACUCAGGGGCCGAGGAGAUGGAGGUGGCGCUGGCCAAGCCCAAGCACCGUGUGACCAUGAAUGAGUUUGAGUAUCUGAAGCUGCUGGGCAAAGGCACCUUCGGGAAGGUGAUCCUGGUGAAGGAGAAGGCCACGGGCCGCUACUAUGCCAUGAAGAUCCUGAAGAAGGAGGUCAUUGUGGCCAAGGACGAGGUGGCCCACACACUCACGGAGAACCGCGUCCUCCAGAACUCCCGGCACCCCUUCCUGACUGCCCUGAAGUACUCCUUCCAGACCCACGACCGCCUGUGCUUCGUCAUGGAGUACGCCAACGGGGGCGAGCUCUUCUUCCACCUGUCCCGGGAGCGGGUGUUCCCCGAGGACCGGGCCCGGUUCUACGGCGCCGAGAUCGUGUCCGCCCUGGACUACCUGCACUCCGAGAAGAACGUGGUGUACCGGGACCUCAAGCUGGAGAACCUCAUGCUGGACAAGGAUGGGCACAUCAAGAUCACGGACUUCGGGCUGUGCAAGGAGGGCAUCAAGGAUGGCGCCACCAUGAAGACCUUCUGCGGGACGCCCGAGUACCUGGCCCCCGAGGUGCUGGAGGACAAUGACUACGGCCGGGCGGUGGACUGGUGGGGGCUGGGCGUGGUCAUGUACGAGAUGAUGUGCGGCCGCCUGCCCUUCUACAACCAGGACCACGAGAAGCUCUUCGAGCUCAUCCUCAUGGAGGAGAUCCGCUUCCCACGUACGCUCAGCCCUGAGGCCAAGUCCCUGCUCUCAGGGCUGCUCAAGAAGGACCCCAAGCAGCGGCUCGGUGGGGGCUCCGAGGACGCCAAGGAGAUCAUGCAGCACCGCUUCUUCGCCAGCAUCGUGUGGCAGGACGUGUAUGAGAAGAAGCUCAGCCCACCCUUCAAGCCUCAGGUCACGUCCGAGACGGACACCAGGUAUUUCGAUGAGGAGUUCACAGCCCAGAUGAUCACCAUCACGCCGCCCGACCAAGAUGACAGCAUGGAGGGCAUGGACAGCGAGCGGCGGCCUCACUUCCCCCAGUUCUCCUACUCGGCCAGUGGCACGGCCUGAGGGGCCCGCCGGCUGCCCUGGGACGCCGCCGUGGGCAGCCAUGUGCUCCAGA